AUGAGCGCACUUCAACCCCUCUUGCUUGCCGGCGGCCGCUCCUCGCGAAUGGGUAGACGGAAGGAAUUGCGACCCUUGGUACAUGAUAUACCGAUAUAUAUGCAUCUGUUGCGCAUCUUGGACCUGGCAUGUCCUCAUUCAUCUAUCGUCUAUCUAUCAUUGCGCAGUCCAGAUUGCCUGCGAGAUAUACUGAAUGACCCACGGGUUACGGAAGUGUCCCCGGGCAAGCUUGCCAUAGAGGUCGAUGGCUCAUCUACAUUAGUACAAGUAAUCUAUGACCGCCCUAGUGAUGAUUCUCUCAACACAGAGGACGAUAUGGGCCCAGCGGGAGGCCUCCUAGCCGCUCAUCGCUUUGAUGCGCAGGCUACUUGGCAGGUCGUCGCCUAUGAUUACCCGUUCUUGUCCGUGUCCGCCUUGCAUCACCUACAGCAUGAGAUGGCUGGUCCCGUUACCUGUUUCCAGAAUGCAGAUGGAUUCUGCGAGCCUCUCUUGGGUGUCUGGACUCCCGAAGCCAUGCACAUGCUUGAUCAGAAUGUCCAAAAGGGAUUCGCGGGCCAAAAUCAGUCAUUCGCCAGUGCUCUGGAAAGACGAUCCGGCCACGGAAUGAUAGGUGUUUGUUCAAUAUGA